AUUCUUCUUUUUCUCUCUCUUUGCCUCCUCCAAGUCUACUUUUAUCACCAUUUUUCUGAAUCAAACAAUCAAUUCAUCAAUAUUUUUCCUCGAAAUCCACUUUCAUCACCACUUUUCAAACCCACAAAAAACCCAUCACGUCACCUACUGGGUUCAAAAUCAAACCCCCAUUUUUGGCUCUCUUUGUUUUUCCUUUUUUUCCUUCUUCUUCCUUUUCCUUUCCUUUCACUUUCUGCAAACCUAGACACCUUCUAACAUCAAAUCCAAGCAUAACACAAACAUAAACCCAAAAUCUCCCCAAAAUAAUCAAUGUUCCUCUCAACCUUCCAAAAAACCCAGAAAAAUCAAGGCAUCUUCUCCCAAAUUUCUACAAAAACCCAGCUAAAGUACCUAAAACAAAGACUAAAAAUCAAACAGUAAGAAGAUGAAAAACCUAAACCAAUCAAAAUCUAGCAAAUCUGUUGGGAAAAACCUAGCGGUUGUUGGGUUCAUGAUAGGUUGGGAAGAACCUACUGGCUGCGAACCCAAUAUAUCAGUUGGGAAGAACCCGAUCUGUUGGAUUUGUGACCCCACCAGCUGGGAAGAACCCAUCAGCUGCUGGGUUCCUAGGUUCGUUGGGUUCAAGAACCAAGUAGAAGUUGAAAGGGAAAAGGAAAGGGAAGAAGAAAGAGGAAAAGGAAGAGGAAAGAGAGGAAAAAAAAAUAAAAAUGGAACCCAGCUAGGUUCCUAGGUUCAUUGGGUUCAACAACCCAAUGGAAGUUGUGAAGG